AUGUAACAAACUAAAUGCAUGCAUGUUUGAACAGGAAAUGAAGUUUGAUUGGAGAAUUAUUGUGGGAUCAAUCGUUGGAUUUUUGGGAGCAGCGUUGGGCAGCGUUGGAGGGGUUGGAGGUGGUGGGAUUUUUGUGCCAAUGCUUGCUUUGAUCAUUGGCUUUGAUCCCAAGUCUUCUACAGCCAUUUCUAAGUGUAUGAUUAUGGGUGCAGCUGGGUCAACAGUAUACUAUAAUCUGAGGCUUAGACACCCAACUUUAGACAUACCCCUUAUUGAUUAUGAUCUGGCUCUGCUAUUCCAACCUAUGCUGAUGCUUGGAAUAAGCAUUGGUGUUGCAUUCAAUGUCAUGUUUGCUGAUUGGAUGGUCACUGUUUUGCUUAUUAUCUUAUUCAUAGGUACAUCAACAAAAGCUUUAUUCAAAGGCAUAGAAACCUGGAAAAAGGAAACAAUGUUGAAAAAGGAAGCUGCCAAGGCUUUAGAAGCAGAACCAAAACCUGGUGAUGAUGAUUCUGCAGAGAGUGAGUACAAACGACUACCAAGUGGUCCAACUAAUAAUAUACAUGAUGAAGAGGCCCCUAUGUUACAGAACAUAUAUUGGAAAGAAUCAUUACUCCUUGUGUAUGUUUGGGUGGCUUUUCUCAUUGUUCAGAUUGUUAAGACAUACACCAAGACUUGCUCCAUAGAGUACUGGGUUCUAAAUACAUUGCAGGUGCCUAUUGCAGUCUCUGUUACACUUUUUGAAGCCAUAUGCAUAUCCAAAGGAACUAGAGUGAUAGCAUCAAAGGGAAAGGAAUUCACAAAUUGGAAGAUUCAUCAGAUUUGUCUUUGCUGUGCAUGUGGAAUAAUAGCUGGUAUUGUUGGUGGACUUCUUGGUCUAGGGGGUGGCUUCAUUUUGGGGCCACUCUUUCUAGAACUUGGGAUUCCUCCUCAGGUAGCAAGUGCUACAUCAACUUUUGCCAUGUUUUUCUCAUCCUCCAUGUCAGUGGUGCAAUAUUACCUUCUAGAUCGGUUUCCAGUACCCUAUGCUUCUUACUUUGUUAUGGUUGCAACCUUUGCUGCUUUCGCUGGCCAGCAUGUGGUGAGAAGAAUAAUUGCAAUCCUUGGCAGAGCUUCCAUUAUCAUCUUCAUACUAGCCUUGACCAUUUUCAUAAGUGCAAUCAGCUUAGGUGGGGUUGGAAUAGAGAAAAUGAUUGAGAAGAUGGAAAAUCAAGAGUACAUGGGUUUUGAAAAUCUCUGCAAGCUAUCUUAGAUGUGUUUGUAUUGGUGGCGUAUAAAGCUGUGGAAUUAAAUUUUUCUACAGAGAAUGCCAUUAUUGAACUUAUGAUAUGGUCGCUUGUUUAUCCAGUUUUCAUUCAGGCAAAGGAAAGAUUGUGGGUCAUAACUUAUUCUGCUUUAUCUUUCUAUUGUAAUAGUUGCUUCAUAUUUUUGUUUUUGCCAUUUCAAUAUUGAUCGAAAGUAUUUGAAUUUUGAUUUUUGGAAGUUAGUUUCUACUUUCUAGAGUGAGAGAGUGGUGUUGUGCUGUGUGCAUUAACAAUAUGCAAAAACCGAUGAACCGACGGAUUUGAGAAAUCCGAACCGGUUCG